AGACCGUCAUCCUCAUUCAUCACUCACCUGUUUCUAUUCAUAUUUAAUUUGUACGGUAGACGUCAGGAUAUAUGAGGACAUUCCAAUAAAAUUAAAAUUAUUAAAUUAGGUGAGAAUAACAGAUUGUAGAAGGUCAUUUGCAUAGGUCCACCAAUAGACCCUUAUUUUUUGGUUCCAUAUUUUAGGGGCUCCCAUUGUUAAUAUGAAAUUAUGGAUUUAUAUUUCUCUAUAUAGUAUUUCAAUGCAUGCAUGCUUCUUCUCAAUUUCCAGUUUGGUCCACAUAGUUUGGUGUUGGCACCGUCUUUCAGUUUAAAUAAUAUUAUCUUCCUCAAAAUGGCAGUCAUGAAAAUAAUAUUGUUUAAAACUAAUUUGCCUAUAUUUUUUUUUUAAGAAGCUAAAUCAGCUCAUUUAAAUUGACUUUAGAGAGAAUCGAAACUAACACUUUUAAGAGAAGCACACCGUAAGUUCACAAACCAACACCAUCUAACCAAUCCAAAUUGAUUAAUUUGCCUCCUUUGAGAGGUCCAUAUGUAGUAUUACAUGAGAUAGCACUGUCACAGUUUGGCUCCCAUCCCAUGCAUGUGAAGUGCUUCGUCUCUGUCUGUUCAUUCAAUAUUGAUUUGACUUUUGAAUAUAAUAUCUUAUUUUUGUAUGUGUGGAGUUACUAUACUAGUAUUUAAAUACACACACUUUCUUCUAUACCAAAUGAAAUCUUUUUCUUUGUUGUCACCUACAUUUUUAUACCUUCAUCUUCAUCUUCUUUUUCUUUUUACCUUAAUUUUAUUAAUGUGGUUUGGCACAAACAAAAUGGUGGCAGUGGCUCAAUUAGGAAACCAAUCAGAUCAAUUGGCAUUGCUCAAAUUCAAAGAAUCAAUAUCAAGUGAUCCAUAUAAAGCUCUUGAAUCUUGGAAUUCUUCCAUCCACUUUUGAAAGUGGCAUGGAAUCACAUGCAGCCUCAUGCAUCAAAGGGUUACAGAGUUGAACCUAGCAGGAUAUCAGUUACAUGGAUCUUUAUCUCCCUAUCUUGGUAAUCUCACUUUUCUGAUAAAUCUCAACCUUCAAAACAAUAGUUUUUCUGGAGAAAUUCCACAGGAGUUCGGUCAGUUGCUACAACUGCAACAACUUUAUCUCCUUAAUAACUCGUUUACAGGAGAAAUUCCUAUAAACUUGACGUAUUGCUCCAAUCUCAUAGACUUGAUUUUGGGAGGGAACAAAUUGACAGGGAAAAUACUAAUUGAAAUUGGCUCUUUGAAAAACCUUCAUUCAUUCGCCCUUUUCGGUAACAAUUUAAAUGGAGGGAUCCCUUCAUCCUUCAGGAAUCUUUCAUCCUUCAGGAAUCUUUCAUCCUUAAUGCGUUUUACGUGUGCUUCUAACAAAUUAGGAGGAGAUAUUCCACAAGAAAUAUGUCGCCUCAAAAACUUGACAUUUUUAUCUUUUGGCGAGAACAAUUUGUCUGGUAAGAUUCCAUCUUGUCUUUAUAAUAUCUCAUCACUUAUUGUCUUUUCAGUAACAAACAAUAACUUUCCUUGAUCUUAAAAUAUUAAAUUUUGGAGGAAAUCAAUUCUCAGGUACAAUCCCUGUUUCGAUUGCAAAUGCUUCUGUCAUACAAUUACUAGACAUAGGAACAAACAAAUUGGUUGGACAAGUUCCAAGUCUAGGGAAUUUACAACAUCUUGGCUUGCUAAAUUUGGAAGAAAACAAUUUAGGUGACAAUUCCACAAUGGAUUUAGAGUUUUUAAAAUAUUUGACAAAUUGCAGCAAACAACAUGCGCUUUCCAUAGCUGUUAAUAAUUUUGGAGGUCAUUUGCCAAAUUCCAUAGGAAAUUUCUCCACUAAACUUGAAAAACUAUACCUUGAGAGUAAUCAGAUAUCUGGAAAAAUUCCAGUAGAAUUAGGACGUCUAGUCGGCUUAACUGUUUUGUCCAUGCCACUUAACCAAUUUGAUGGAAUUGUUCCAUCUACUUUUAGGAACAUCCAAAAUAUACAAAUUUUGGAUCUAAGCAAAAACAAGUUGUCAGGAUAUAUACCACCCUUCAUAGGCAAUCUCAGUCAAUUGUUUACAUUGGCUUUAACUGGUAAUAUGUUUCACGGAAAUAUUCCUCCUAGCAUAGGAAACUGUCAAAAGUUACAAUAUCUCGAUCUUUCUGAUAACAAGCUUAGCGGAACCAUACCUGUAGAGGUUUUUCAUAUUUUUUUAUUUAUCAAUUGUAUUGAACUUGUCACAUAAAACUGAGUGGUAGCUUACCAAGAGAAGUGGGUAUGUUAAAAAAUAUUGACAUGCUGGAUCUAUCUGAGAAUCAUCUAUCUGGUGAUAUUCCUAAAACAAUUGGUGAAUGCACAACCUUAGAAUACCUUCAAUUGCAAGGGAACUCCUUCAGCGGAACAAUACCAUCCUCUAUGGCUUCUCUCAAAGGUCUUCAAAGUUUAGACCUUUCAAGAAAUCAAUUGUCUGGAUCAAUUCCUGAUGUUAUGCAAAAUAUAUCUGUUUAAGAAUAUUUGAAUGUUUCUUUUAACAUGUUGGAAGGCGAAGUACCAACAAAUGGCGUAUUUGGAAAUGUAUCCCAAAUAGAAGUGACUGGAAACAAGAAGCUUUGUGGAGGUAUUUCCCGGCUACAUCUACCAUCAUGCCCUGUCAAGGGUAUUAAACAUGCAAAACGACACAAGUUCAGGUUGAUAGCAGUGAUAGUUAGCGUGGUUUCUUUUCUUCUCAUACUUUCAUUUAUCAUAACUAUCUACUGCAUAAGGAAAAGAAAUCCAAAGCGAUCUUUUGAUUCACCAACAAUUGAGCAACUAGAUAAGGUUUCAUACCAAGAGUUACUCCAAGGAACAGAUGGGUUCUCGGAUAAAAACCUGAUCGGAUCAGGAAGUUCUGGUGAUGUGUACAGAGGAAAUCUUGUGUCAGAAGACAAUAUUGUUGCUAUAAAAGUCUUCAACCUCCAAAACAAUGGAGCUCACAAGAGUUUCAUUGUUGAAUGUAAUGCACUAAAAAAUAUUCAACACCGGAAUUUAGUUAAGAUUUUAACAUGUUGUUCUAGUACUGAUUAUAAAGGUCAAGAAUUUAAAGCUCUGGUUUUUGAUUACAUGAAAAAUGGAAGCUUAGAACGAUGGCUGCACCCUAGGAAUUUAAAUGCAGAGACUCCAACAACAUUGGAUCUUGAUCAAAGACUGAAUAUCAUUAUUGAUGUUGCUUCUGCAUUACAUUAUCUUCAUCGAGAAUGUGAGCAAUUGGUCCUUCAUUGUGAUCUAAAGCCAAGCAAUGUCCUUCUUGAUGAUGACAUGGUUGCUCAUGUGAGUGAUUUUGGAAUAGCAAGACUAGUUCAAGCCAUUGCUUGUACCUCUCUUAAGGAAACUAGUACAACUGGAAUAAAAGGAACUGUUGGCUAUGCUCCUCCAGAGUAUGGAAUGGGUUCUGAAGUGUCAACAUCUGGUGACAUGUAUAGCUUUGGAGUCCUUAUGUUGAAAAUACUUACUGGUAGAAGACCCACUGAUGAAGUUUUUCAAGAUGGUCAAAAUCUGCAUAACUUUGUAGCAGCUUCAUUUCCUGGUAACAUUAUAGAUAUUUUGGACCCACAUCUUGAAGCAAGAGAUGUAGAAGUAACAAAACAAGAUGGAAACCGAGCGAUUCUUAUUGCAGGGGUAGAGGAAUCCUUAGUUUCACUUUUUAGAAUUGGACUUAUUUGUUCAAUGGAAUCACCGAAAGAAAGAAUGAAUAUUAUGGAUGUUACUCAAGAGCUUAACACAAUCCGAACUCGUUAGUGAAGAUCCUUUCUCGCUGGUUUUCGUACUCCUAGUAAUUAAUGUUGAACAGAAUUUACAAGUCAUUAUGGAAAGAGAGGUUUUGCAUCAUGAUGUACUUUUUUGAAGAAACUGCAUGGUCCAACGGGAACAUGAGGCAAUGCUUAGUUUACUAGUUUGUUAUUCACUUAAUUCUGGUAGAAACAUUUGAUUCUGUGCAAUAGUUUUUGUAGAUUUGUCUGCAACAUUCUAGUUUGUAUAAGUAAACAAUAUUGUUUGUAUUGCUUUCUAAUUCAAUGAA